GUUCAUUUGUGGGGCGAUAAAAGAAAGAAAAAAGUCGUUCAGUGUUCAGCUUUGAAAGCCUGUGAAACUUAAUUUAAUCGCUACACAUUUUAAACAAAAAAGUGCAUUGAUUGGAUAAUCGGACUUGGAUGCCAUGGAGAAAAAAAUGCAUGAAUUGUUGGAUUCUUCUGAUGAUGAAAUCGAAAUGUUGCAAAAUUUAUUCAACCACAGUUAUGAUGAAUUGGAUUCUUCUUUCGACGAUGAUUUUGAUUUAUUGCAUGAUUGUUUUCAUCGUCGCUACAAUUUAGAUUCUUCAUUUGAUGAUGUUGAUGAUGAUGAUGAUGAGUUACUUUCUAUUCCCGACGUUGAUAAUGAUUUGCGGGAUCCCUCAGCAGCUUUGGACCGUCUAUUCAAACUAAAUGCCAUUAGAGCCAUGGGUGGUGGUGAAUCGUGUUUUUAUUCUGGCUAUGAUGAUGAAUCAAUAAGAAGUAGCAGAAGUACUAGUUGGGAAUUAGAAGAAAGUGACGGAAAAGGAAGUCCGGAAUUAGCAAGAGGAGGCGUAACAGUGAAUCAGGAAUUAGAAAACGGAGACAGAAGAGGGAGUCCAGAAUUAGCAAGAGGAGGCGUAAUAGUGAAUCAGAAAUUAGAAAACGGAGACAGAAGAGGGAGUCCGGAAUUAGCAAGAGGAGGCGUAUUAGCGAAUCAGCAAUUAGAAAACGGAGAUAGAAAAGUGAGUCCGGAAUUAGCCGGAGGAAGCGGAAUAAAGAAUCAGGAAUUAAAAAAGGGAGGCAGAAGGGGUAGUCCGGAAUUGGCAAGAAGGGGCGAAAUAGCGAAUCAAGAAUUAGGAAGCGGAGGCAGAAGGAGACGGAAAGUGUUAAGAAGAAAAUGGCGGGGAUUAACUUGGAGAGGCGGCCCUGGAAUAGCAAAAAGUGGAAGGAGAAUCUGGCAAAGGCAGAGGAGAGCAGAUAAGAUUAAGGUGUUAAAAACCCUGAACCGUCGACUUAUCCGGAACUGGAGACAAUGUAAUGAAAUUUUCAGGAACAUGAUAUGGAAUGACAUCUAAAAACUACGAGAAACAGACUAAAAUGUAGUGACAGCAACUGCAAUUACUUUUUAUAUUAGAAGUUAAAGUUAGAGUAUAUUCUAAUAAUGAUGGGAUAAGAGUUAGAACUUUUCACUAGUAGUUUAUUUUGUCGAAAGUAAAUACUAAAAACGUC